AUGUCUCGCAGUGAUAUGGCAAUAGGAGUCAUGUUCUUAACACAGACUACUCUUGGAAUUCUUGGUAAUUUGUCUUUUGUUUGCUAUUAUCUACUUCUUCAUGACAAAGAGAGCGCAUUAAGGUCCACAGAUUUGAUCCUCAAGCACCUUUCUCUAGCCAACUUCUUCAUCAUCCUCUCUCAUGGAGUUCCCCAUAUAAUGGCAGCUUUCGGCAUGAAAGAAUCCUUCAGUGAUUUUGGCUGCAAAAUCCUUUUGUAUAUUUACAGACUGGGCAGAGGUGUGUCCACCGCGCUGACAUGCCUCUUGAGUGUCUUCCAGACCAUCACGAUUGGUCCCGUGUACUUCUGUUGGAAGGAUCUUAAAGUGAGAGCCCCAAGGUACAUUGAGUCUUCCAUUUACCUCUGCUGGAUCCUGUAUGUGAUAAUAAAUUUCAUUUUCCCGAUGCAGGCAUAUGGAAAACAGAAUAACAAAAAUAUGACAACAAAUAGAUAUUUUGGAUUCUGUUCUAUAAAAGUUAGUAGCAACCUCUUCUCAUCAAUAUAUUUAGUACUACUUAUAUUGCCCGAAGUUUUAUUUUCUGUGCUCAUAAUCUGUGGCAGUGCUGCCAUGAUGUACUUUCUCUAUCAGCAUAAGAAACAGGUUCAAUAUAUUCACACUACGACUUCCCCUAGAUCCUCCCCUGAGUCCAGAGCUACACAAAGUAUCUUUGUUCUUGUGUGUACGUUUGUGAUUUUCAACACACUCUCCUCCCUAUUGCACAUUUACGUUGCUUUCACAUACCAUCCCAGUGUGUGGCUUGUGAGCUUUGGUGCCCUUCUUUCUCUGUCUUUUCCUACUGUCAGCCCCUUUAUUUUCAUGAGGAGAUUCCAUUGUACUGGGGCUCUGUGCAAGAAUUCACCAAUUUAA